AUGGCACCUCUGCGCCCCAAAGAGCCUCUCUCUUUCCCCUCGCACCUCUGCGUCCUCCUGCUGACCACCUCGGCCUGGAUGGCUCUGCCCGGACCCGCGCUCUGUGACACCGGGGCUUUAACCCGCCGCGGCGGGCUGGACCGUACGUUUGACACGGGCGUCGGAGACGGAGGCUCCCCGCCGGGCUUCCAGAGGGACGGGGACGAGGGGAGCUCGCCCCGCUUCAGGAGAGCACUAUCCCGGGAAAAACAAAUGUCCCUGCUCAGCAGCUCCUUCGUGCUCAAAGGGGAUGCGACCCACAACCAGGCGAUGGUUCACUGGACAGGAGAGAACAGCAGCGUCAUCCUGAUCCUGACCAAGUAUUACCACGCCGACUCCACCAAGGUCCUGGAGAGCUCGCUGUGGAGGUCUUCUGACUAUGGCACCACCUACACCAAACUCAAUCUGAUGCCAGGGACGACAAUUGUGGUGACCAGUUUCUACAUCUGUCCGACCAACAAGAAAAAGGUAGUGCUGGUGGGCUCAUCCAUCAACGAACGGGAUCAGAUGCUGUUCAUCAGCACCGACGAAGGAUCCUCUUUCCAGCGACAGUCCAUCGCUUUCACCCCUGAGACGAUCGUCUUCCACCCCAAGGAAGAGGACAAACUCCUUGCCUACUGCAAGGAGGGCAGGAUCUUUGCUUCGACAGACCUGGGCCGCAAGUGGACUUUGCUUCAGGAGCGUGUGACCAAGGACAGAGUCUUCUGGUCUGUAGCUGGUGUGGAUGUGGACCCUGAUCUGGUGCACAUGGAAAUGCAAGAUACAAGUGGAGGUUACCUGUACGUCACCUGUCUCAUCCAGAACUGCUCAGACAAGAUGGUGACGGCUCAGUUCCUCGGCAAAAUCGACCACAAUUCGCUGUUGGUGCAAGACGACUACAUAUUUGUCAAGGUGACCACAGGGAAUCGUACCAAGCACUAUGUCUCCUAUCGGCGCAACGAGUUUGUCCAGAUGAGGUUUCCCAAGUACGCCUUGCCCAAGGAUGUUCAGAUAGUGAGUACGGACGAGAACCAGGUCUUCCUCGCCCUCCAGGAGUGGUACCAGUCAGACACCUAUAACCUGUACCAGUCGGACCCCCAGGGUGUGUACUACUCCAUCGUGCUGGAAAAUGUUCGCAGCACCAAGCAGCCGGAGGAGAACGUCCUCAUCGACAUCCUGGAGGUGCGUGGAAUCAAAGGGGUCUUUCUGGCCAAUCAGAAGAGCAAUGGCAAAGUGACGACCCUCAUCACCUAUAACAAAGGACGAAGCUGGGAACCCCUGGCCCCGCCUACCACUGACAUGAAUGGAAAGCCGGUUAGCUGCAAAGCACCCGAGUGUCAGCUCCACCUGCACCUGCGCUGGGCCGACAACCCCUAUGUGUCUGGGACUGUCCACACCAAAGACUCUGCUCCAGGUCUCAUCAUGGGAGCCGGUAACCUUGGCUCCAAGUUAGUCGAGUACAAGGAAGAGAUGUACGUCACUUCAGACUGUGGGAAGACAUGGAGACAGGUGUUUGAGGAGGAGCAUCACAUCCUGUACAUGGACCACGGUGGAGUCAUUGUUGCCAUCAAGGACACUUCUAUUCCCCUCAAGAUACUCAAGUUCAGUAUCGAUGAAGGACAGACGUGGACCGUUCACAACUUCACCAGCACCUCUGUGUUCGUUGACGGACUCCUUAGCGAGCCAGGAGACGAGACCCUGGUUAUGACUGUGUUUGGCCACAUCAGCUACAGGUCGGACUGGGAGCUGGUCAAAGUGGACUUCAGGCAGUCUUUCCCCCGUCAGUGUACAGAGUCUGACUAUGACUCCUGGCAGCUCACAGACCUGCAGGGAGAGAAGUGCAUUAUGGGCCAGGAGCGGAGUUUCAGGAAGAGAAAGGACACCGCGUUCUGCAUCAAAGGAAAGAGCUACACCUCUGCUCUCAUCACCAAACCCUGUCAAUGCACAGAGAAGGACUUCAACUGUGACUACGGUUUUGAGAGGUCACACAAAGAGGCCGAUCGCUGCUUAGCUGACUUCUGGCAUGACCCAGACUCACCCCCUGAAGACUGCCAUCUAGGACAGACCUACGAGUCCACCACUGGCUACAGGAAGGUGAUAUCUAAUGUGUGUGAGGGGGGGUUAAACCGGCAGCAGAGCGCCAAACAGCACAACUGCCCUCUACUGCCCCCUAGAGGACUACGGAUCGGCAUCAAAGGGCAGAUGCUGGCCGUGGCACCUGGUGAUGACAUCACAUUCAUUGUUCAUCAGGAACAGGGCGACACUAGCAGCACCAAGUACCAGGUGGACCUCGGUGACGGCGUUCGGGCCAUUUACCAGAACCUGACGGUGACGGAUGAACCCAUUCAGCAUCGCUACGAAAAGCCCGGCGUCUAUAAGGUCACAGUGAAGGCCGAGAAUAUGGCGGGGCACGACGAGGCCACCAUGUAUAUCCAGGUCACAGCUCCUCUACAAGAAGUGCACCUGGAAGUGGUUCCCAUCGCUGGAAGAAACCAUGAGGUCAAUCUUACCGCCGUAGUUCUUCCCACUGAGGCCAACCUGACCGUUUUCUACUGGUGGAUAGGAGACAACCUGCGGCCGACGCUGACUCUGCAGAACAGCCUUCUGACUCGUUUCCCUGAGACAGGAGAGGUUUCAGUCACCGUCCAGGCUUCCAACGGCCGAUCCAUGGUCCAGGAUACCAGGACCGUCCGAGUCUACGAUAACUUCCAGGUCAUCCCUCUGAGCUUCAGCAGAAAUCUGGACCACUUCAACCCAAACAUCCCAGAGUGGAGAGAGGACAUUGGCCAGGUGGUCACCAAAAUUCUUGCUAAGAUCACAGGUGUCCCUCAGGAGUCCCUGGUUACUGUGGUGAAGUCCGGCCUCCCCACCACCGCUGACCUGUACGUUCUCCCGCUGAGCAGCAAACCAGCCAAGAUUAGCAUGUUUGUAGAUAAGCGUAUCCCGGCCAUCAUGCAGGCCUUCAACGACAACAAUGUCAGCUUUGUGGUGAGAGGAGGUCUACAAGUGCUGGUGAUGCUAGCUGACCCGAAUGCAGGUACACUUCGUCUAAUUGCUAAUGACUCAACAGCUACAGCAGCAGAGACUGGUUACCACGGAGCAGCUGGAGGUCCAGGUGUUUGGGCGCUCGCAGUCAUUUUCCUCAUUAGCAUCAUCGCCACUGGCUCUUUCAUCUUGUACAAGUUCAAAAGUCCUUGGAUUAGGACUGAGGAUGUCUAUCCCCCACUGUUUUUCAGGAAGCUUCCAGGAAAUCGCAACGUCUACGCCCAGAUGCACAAUGAGAAGGAGCAGGAGAUGACAAGCCCUGUCAAUCACAGCGAGGACACCCAGCACAUCAUUCAGGGCGAGGAGUUCAUUGAUGACGACCUGGACUCUCAGACUCUAGGUAACGCAGGAGGUAACCAUUCGGGUGUGGUUCUGAGCAUCAACUCCAGAGAGCUACACAGUUACCUUACCAGCUGA